CACACAAAGGAACGAAGCGAAAGGAAAGCGAGUGGGAAACCACAGUUAACUACAAAAACAAGUUUCGAAGUGAAAUUUAUUACUGUAAAAAGGAACUAUUGACUCAAGAAAAAUGCCAGCCGUUGGAAUUGAUCUCGGAACUACAUAUUCGUGCGUCGGUGUUUGGCAGCACGGUAAUGUGGAGAUUAUCGCUAACGACCAGGGAAACAGAACAACACCUUCGUAUGUCGCAUUUACGGACACAGAACGACUGAUCGGCGAUGCAGCGAAGAACCAGGUAGCACUAAACCCCAACAACACAGUCUUCGACGCGAAACGUCUCAUCGGCCGCAAGUUUGACGAUCCCAAGAUCCAGGCAGACAUGAAACACUGGCCCUUCAAGGUGAUCAACGACUGUAGCAAGCCAAAGAUUCAAGUGGAAUACAAAGGGGAGACGAAGCGAUUCGCGCCGGAAGAGAUCAGCAGCAUGGUUCUGACGAAAAUGAAGGAAACUGCAGAGGCGUAUCUCGGUUCGACUGUACGGGACGCGGUGAUUACAGUGCCGGCGUACUUCAACGACGCUCAACGACAAGCGACCAAGGAUGCCGGUUCCAUCGCUGGACUCAACGUAUUGCGAAUCAUCAACGAGCCUACCGCAGCUGCUUUAGCAUACGGGCUCGACAAGAACUUGAAGGGCGAACGCAACGUACUCAUCUUCGAUCUCGGAGGCGGAACCUUUGACGUUUCCAUCCUAACUAUCGACGAGGGCUCACUAUUCGAAGUGCGAGCGACAGCCGGCGACACACAUCUCGGCGGCGAAGACUUCGACAACAGGCUAGUGAACCAUCUCGCAGAAGAAUUCAAGCGCAAGUACAGGAAAGAUCUUCGAAGUAACCCGAGGGCUCUGCGUCGUCUGCGAACUGCAGCUGAGCGCGCCAAACGAACUCUCUCGUCUAGCACUGAAGCAACUAUUGAAAUCGAUGCCCUAUACGAAGGUAUCGACUUCUACACGAGAGUUUCUCGAGCGCGCUUUGAAGAACUGUGCUCAGACUUGUUCAGGUCGACACUGGAGCCCGUUGAGAAAGCUCUACGUGACGCUAAGAUGGACAAAAGCCAAAUACACGAUGUUGUCCUCGUCGGGGGAUCAACACGUAUUCCAAAGAUCCAGAGCCUUCUGCAGGGUCUUUUCUGCGGCAAGAAACUCAACUUGUCUAUCAACCCAGAUGAGGCGGUCGCGUACGGGGCAGCGGUGCAAGCAGCUAUUUUGAGCGGAACCACCGACACGCGUAUUCAAGACGUUCUCCUAGUCGAUGUCGCACCCCUAUCGCUCGGCAUCGAAACAGCCGGCGGCGUGAUGACGAAGAUCAUCGAACGCAACUCGAAAAUUCCGUGUCGUCAGGCGCAGACAUUCACCACUUAUUCUGACAACCAGCCGGCCGUGACUAUCCAGGUGUACGAAGGCGAGCGAGCGAUGACGAAGGACAACAACUUGCUGGGCACGUUUAACUUGACCGGGAUCCCGCCGGCGCCUCGGGGAGUGCCCAAGAUCGAUGUGACAUUCGACUUGGACGCGAACGGUAUCCUGAACGUAUCGGCGAAGGAGAACAGCACUGGCCGAAGCGAGAAGAUCGUCAUCAAGAACGACAGAGGGCGCCUAUCUCAGGCGGAGAUCGACAGAAUGCUCGCUGAUGCGGAAAAGUAUAAAGAGGAAGAUGAGCGUCAGCGGGAGCGUGUGGCGGCGCGGAAUAAGCUGGAAGCCUACGUAUUUGGAGUCAGACAAGCGCUGGAUGAAGCGGGUGACAAAUUGAGCGAGCAAGACAAGGACGUGGGCCGUCGGACGUGUGAGGAAACACUGCGCUGGUUGGAUAAUAACGCAUUGGCUGAAGCUGAUGAAUAUGAACAUCGAUUGAAGGAAGUUCAGGGCGUGUGCCAGCCUCUUAUGACCAAGAUGCACGGAGGACAAGGUGGUCAAGGUAUGCCUGGUGCUGGCGGCAUGCCGGGAGGUGGAAUGUAUGGAGGCAUGGGCGGAGGAAUGCCCGGUUACCAACAGCAAGGAGGACACGACGGCCCCACUGUUGAAGAAGUGGACUAAGCUGCGAAGUUAAAUCCAAAACUCCCAGUGAUCUAGUCGUUUUAGUACCUACCUAUUCAAAGAUUAAGACUGAUUGUUAAUUUAAUUGUAGUUCUUAGUUAGACAUUGUCAUCUGUUGGACUCAAUAAAUUAGUAUUAUAAUUAACCUAAUAA